AUCUUUUCUGUGCUUAUCCACAGAAGAACAAGGUGAAGAUACAGAAGGGUCUGCUAAAAGUACAUCAGUGGCUGUGGCUGAUGAUAAAGACACAAGUGAGAGAGACAAUAGUGAAGGCAAAAAAUCUAGUAAAGACUCUGGAAUAGUCACACCAGAGAAGGAACCAAAAGUGAACACUGUGGUAGGGGCACAACAGCUUCUUCUGGCAAAAGAAGAGGAAGGUGCAGCUAAAAAAUCAAAGCCUCCAGAGGACAAUAAAUUUUGUCAUGAGCAGUUCUAUCAGUGUCCUUAUUGUAACUACAAUAGUAGGGACCCAAAUCGUAUCCAGAUGCAUGUCCUGUCACAGCAUUCAAUGCAACCUGUUAUCUGCUGCCCCCUCUGCCAGGACGUCCUCAGCAACAAAAUGCACCUCCAGCUUCAUUUGACCCAUUUGCACAGUGUGUCCCCUGACUGUGUGGAGAAACUGCUAAUGACAGUUCCUGUACCAGAUGUCAUGAUGCCCAAUAGCAUGCUGUUGCCAGCAGCUGCUUCAGAGAAAUCUGAACGUGACACACCUGCAACCAUUACAGCUGAGGGAUCUGGGAAAUAUCCAGGUGAGAGUCCUGUGGAUGAGAAGAGUACCCCUGGGAUCGAUGAAUCAAAAACUGGAAUGGAAAUUAAGACUGAGGAACAGAAGCCACCUAAGGAAUCUACUGAAACGCCAGAUUGGAAUAAGAGCAGCAGUAAAGAUACAAAGACCACUGACUCAAUGACGGAUCAGCUAAAUGAACAGCAGAAGAAGCAACAGCUCUCUGUUUCUGACCGCCAUGUCUAUAAGUACCGUUGCAACCAUUGUAGCUUGGCUUUUAAGACUAUGCAGAAGCUUCAGAUACAUUCCCAGUAUCAUGCUAUUCGGGCAGCUACCAUGUGUAGCCUUUGCCAACGUAGCUUCCGUACAUUCCAGGCUUUAAAAAAACACUUGGAAGCAGGCCACCCUGAACUCAAUGAAGCUGAACUUCAGCAGCUGUGUGCAUCUUUACCUGUCAAUGGUGAACUCUGGGCAGAAAGUGAAAGUAUGGCACAAGAUGAUCAUGCACUAGAACAGGAAAUAGAAAGAGAUUAUGAGAUGGACCAGGAAGGUAAAGCAAGUCCUGUAGGAAGCGAUAGUAGCUCUAUUCCAGAUGAUAUGGGCUCAGAACCAAAGCGGACCUUACCUUUUAGAAAAGGGCCAAAUUUUACUAUGGAAAAAUUUCUAGAUCCAUCUCGCCCCUAUAAGUGUACAGUAUGUAAAGAGUCUUUUACUCAAAAGAACAUUCUCUUGGUCCACUAUAACUCAGUGUCCCAUCUACAUAAACUCAAAAAGGUUUUGCAGGAAGCGUCAAGUCCUGUCCCUCAAGAAACCAACAGCAGCACUGACAACAAACCCUACAAAUGCAGCAUUUGUAAUGUUGCAUAUAGCCAAAGUUCUACAUUGGAAAUCCAUAUGAGAUCUGUGCUUCAUCAGACAAAGGCAAGGGCUGCAAAAUUAGAACCAAGUGGUAAUAUAAGUAGCGGAAAUAGCGUAGCAGGGAAUGUUAAUAGCCCCAGCCAAGGAAUGCUAGAAUCUAUGAGUUUACCAGCAGUUAACAGCAAAGAAACACAUUUAGAUGCCAAAGAAUUAAGUAAAAAGCAAGCUUCUGAAUUAAUUUCUGCUCAGCCUACACAUCACCCGCCCCAGUCACCAGCACAACUUCAAAUGCAACUACAGCAUGAGCUGCAACAGCAAGCUGCGUUCUUUCAGCCCCAGUUUCUAAACCCAGCUUUUUUGCCCCACUUUCCAAUGACACCAGAAGCACUGCUGCAAUUUCAACAGCCUCAGUUCCUUUUCCCGUUCUAUAUACCUGGGACAGAAUUUAGCUUAAGCCCAGAUCUGGGUUUGCCUGGGUCUGCCACAUUUGGUAUGCCUGGAAUGGCUGGUAUGACAGGAUCACUACUAGAAGAUUUGAAGCAGCAGAUACAAACUCAGCAUCACGUUGGUCAAACCCAGCUACAGAUACUGCAGCAACAAGCACAACAGUAUCAAUCCACCCAACCCCAGCUUCAGUCCCAAAAACAGCAGCAGCAAAGUAGCAAGCUGAUGAAAGCAGAGCAAAAUACCUUAGUGAAUACAGACUGCCAGCUGAUAAAGGAUAUGCCAUCAUAUAAAGAGUCAGAAGAAAUUUCUGAGAAACAAGAGAAGCCAAAGCAAGAAUUUACUAAUGAGAAUGAAGGACUAAAAGAAAACAAAGAUAUGAAGAGGCCAAAAUCCUCAGAAUCAGCCAUCCCACCACCCAGAAUAGCUUCUGGAGCAAGGGGGAAUGCAGCCAAGGCUUUGUUGGAGAACUUUGGAUUUGAGUUAGUUAUCCAAUACAAUGAGAACAGACAAAAAGUGCAGAAAAAAAGCAAGACUAGUGAAGGUGAAAACACAGACAAACUGGAAUGUGGAACCUGCAGUAAGCUCUUUUCCAACAUUCUUAUUCUGAAGAGUCAUCAAGAACAUGUACAUGGACAGUUUUUUCCAUAUGGAGCAUUAGAAAAAUUUGCCCGACAGUACAGGGAGGCGUACGACAAGCUUUACCCAAUUUCUCCAUCUUCUCCAGAAACACCACCACCUCCACCACCGCCUCCUCCACCACCACCACCUCCUCCUCCUCCAACUCCUUCUCAGCCUUCUUCAGCUGGGGCUGCAAAAAUUCAAACCACAACCCCCACUCCUUUGCAAGCUCCACCACCCACACCACCACCGCCACCUCCUCCCCCACCACCACCUCCUCCUCCACCACCACCACCGUCAGCCCCACCUCAAGUCCAGCUUCCUGUUUCACUUGAUCUCCCUCUUUUCCCUCCUAUUAUGAUGCAGCCAGUGCAGCAUCCUGCAUUACCUCCUCAGCUUGCGCUCCAGUUGCCACCAAUGGAUACUUUGUCUGCAGAUCUUACCCAGCUUUGUCAGCAGCAACUGGGAUUAGAUCCCAAUUUCCUGCGUCACUCUCAGUUCAAGCGUCCACGUACAAGAAUCACAGAUGACCAGUUAAAAAUCUUGCGGGCUUAUUUUGAUAUUAAUAAUUCUCCAAGUGAAGAGCAGAUCCAAGAAAUGGCUGAGAAAUCUGGUCUUUCACAGAAAGUUAUCAAGCACUGGUUUCGUAAUACGCUGUUUAAAGAGCGACAGAGAAAUAAAGAUUCCCCGUAUAACUUCAGCAACCCUCCCAUAACAGUAUUGGAAGAUAUCAGAAUAGAUCCUCAACCUUCAGCUGUAGAACCUUACAAGUCUGAUGCAUCUUUCAGCAAGAGAUCAUCUAGGACUCGUUUUACUGACUACCAGCUUCGUGUCCUCCAAGACUUCUUUGACACAAACGCUUAUCCAAAGGAUGAUGAAAUUGAACAACUUUCAACUGUACUUAACCUACCUACUCGAGUUAUUGUUGUAUGGUUCCAAAAUGCACGACAAAAAGCUCGCAAAAGCUAUGAAAAUCAAGCUGAAACUAAAGACAAUGAGAAAAGGGAACUAACGAAUGAGCGUUACAUUCGAACUAGUAACAUGCAAUAUCAGUGCAAAAAGUGCAGUGUGGUUUUCCCCAGGAUCUUUGAUUUGAUUACACACCAGAAAAAACAGUGUUAUAAAGACGAAGAUGACGAUGCUCAAGAUGAAAGCCAAACCGAAGAUUCUAUGGAUGCUUCCGAUCAAACAGUGUAUAAGAACUGCACAGUUUCUAGCCAAAACGACUCAUCAAAAGGCCUGGCAGUCACUGCAGCAAGCUCUGGCUCUGGUUCUAGUACUCCUUUGAUUCCGUCGCCCAAACCAGAACCUGAGAAGGCCUCUCCUAAACCAGAGUCCACAGAAAAACCAAAACAAAAUGAAACCAUCUCUAAGCAAACUGAUACAACUUCGCAAAGCACCAAACCGGUACAGUCUACUCCAGUAACUUCUUCUGACCCUCAGCCUUCCGCUUCUCAACAACAACAACAAAAACAAUCACAGAUAGUAGGGAGACCUCCUUCUGCAUCACAAACCACACCCGUUCCUUCCAGUCCUUUACCAAUUUCAAUGACUUCUCUACAGAACAGUCUACCUCCUCAGUUAUUACAGUACCAAUGUGAUCAGUGUACAGUUGCCUUUCCAACUCUAGAACUUUGGCAAGAGCACCAGCACAUGCAUUUCCUAGCAGCCCAAAACCAAUUUCUUCACUCACAGUUUUUAGAAAGACCAAUGGAUAUGCCCUAUAUGAUAUUUGACCCCAAUAAUCCUUUGAUGACUGGACAGUUACUUAACAGUUCUCUUGCUCAGAUGCCACCACAAACUGGAUCAUCACAUACGGCACACUCUGCUACGGUUUCUGGUUCCCUGAAACGAAAAUUAGAUGAUAAAGAAGACAAUAACUGUAGUGAGAAAGAGGGAGGAAACAGUGGAGAAGAUCAACAUCGUGAUAAGCGUUUAAGAACUACAAUUACUCCAGAGCAGCUGGAAAUACUCUAUGAAAAGUACCUGCUUGAUUCCAACCCCACCAGAAAGAUGCUGGAUCACAUUGCACGUGAAGUGGGACUGAAAAAGAGAGUUGUACAAGUCUGGUUUCAGAACACAAGAGCCCGAGAAAGAAAGGGACAAUUCCGUGCAGUUGGUCCAGCCCAGUCCCAUAAAAGGUGUCCUUUUUGUCGAGCUCUGUUUAAAGCAAAAUCAGCUUUAGAAAGUCACAUUCGCUCUCGACAUUGGAAUGAAGGGAAACAGGCUGGUUAUAGUUUGCCACCGAGUCCUUUGAUAUCAACUGAAGAUGGAGGAGAAAGUCCACAAAAGUACAUAUUCUUUGAUUACCCAUCACUGUCAUUAGCAAAAACUGAAUUAGCAAGUGAAAAUGAACUAGCCUCCACUGUAUCAACCCCUGUUAGCAAAACUGCAGAAAUGUCACCCAAGAACCUCUUAAGUCCUUCUUCUUUUAAAGCAGAGUCUAGUGAGGAUAUAGAAAAUUUGAAUGCCCCUCCCGCUGACUCUGGGUACGAUCAAAACAAGACUGACUUUGAUGAGACUUCGUCAAUUAAUACAGCAAUUAGUGAUGCCACAACAGGGGAUGAGGGGAACAAUGAAAUGGAAAGCACAACGGGCAGUUCAGGGGAUGCAAAACCUGCAUCGCCUCCCAAAGAACCAAAACCACUUGUCAAUGACACACUGCCAAAAGCUGCAACUACACCUACAAAUGAGAAUACCGAUGAUAAAUUUCUCUUUUCCCUAACAAGUCCCUCAAUACAUUUCAGUGAAAAAGAUGGUGAUCAUGACCAAAGUUACUACAUUACUGAUGACCCUGAUGAUAAUGCCGAUCGCAGUGAAACUUCAAGCAUUGCUGAUCCAAGUUCACCUAACCCAUUUGGAGCUAGCAAUCCCUUUAAAUCCAAAAAUAGUGACCGGCCAGGCCACAAACGUUUCCGAACACAAAUGAGUAACCUUCAGCUUAAAGUUCUCAAGGCUUGCUUUAGUGACUAACGGACUCCCACAAUGCCGGAAUGCGAAAUGCUAGGGAAUGAGAUUGGCCUGCCCAAACGUGUGGUCCAGGUCUGGUUUCAGAAUGCCCGGGCUAAAGAAAAGAAAUUCAAAAUCAACAUAGGGAAGCCAUUCAUGAUAAAUCAGACUGGACCUGAUGGGACAAAGCCAGAAUGUUCUCUAUGUGGCGUGAAAUAUUCUGCGCGCUUGUCCAUAAGAGAUCAUAUCUUUUCCAAACAACAUAUUACAAAAGUGAGAGAAACUGUGGGAAGUCAGCUAGAUCGGGAGAAAGAUUAUUUAGCUCCUACAACGGUGAGACAGCUGAUGGCGCAGCAAGAAUUGGAUCGCAUAAAGAAGGCUACUGAUGUGCUAGGAUUAACAGUACAGCAGCCAGGCAUGAUGGACAGCAGUUCUCUUCAUGGUAUCAGUUUGCCAGCAGCUUACCCAGGGCUCCCUGGCCUUCCUCCUGUUCUUCUGCCUGGAAUGAAUGGUCCAUCCUCCUUACCUGGAUUUCCACAAAGUUCAAACA